UCUCGCCAGUUUCACGCGGUUUCCCCGCCCACGCGCCCCAAAUUCCCGCCAGAAACCGCGCAGUUCUCCAGCGGCGCGCCCCGCCGCCGCCGAGUAGUCGGCUCUCUCCCCUCACGAGCUGGUAGCGAGAGGGGCAGGAGGGGAAGAUGUCUUCCUGGGACGACGACGAGUCCGCGGCGGCGUCCGCGGCCGAGGCGGCGACCACGGACGUGGAGCUGCUGAGGCGGGCCUGGCGCAACGAGAAGGCCGCGCCGGAGAUCCUCCGCUUCGACACGCCACUCGUGUCCCGCGUCCGCGAGCAGAUCCAGCUCCUCGAGGAGACGCUGGACGACUUCGCCGACACCGGCGUCGACGACCUAGUAGUCUCGCUCUACCAGAUGGAUCUCGACCGCACGCUCUUCCUCCUGCGCUCCUACCUCCGCCUCCGCCUGCAGAAGAUCGAGAAGUACACGAUGCACAUCUCCAGGUCUGACGACCUCCGCAGCCGGCUCUCGCCGCAGGAGCGCCGGUUUGCCAAGAGUUGCGCUGAGAUCAUGGAGAAGCAUCUCGAGCAGUCGGUGCUGUCGAAGCUUCCGUACGGCUAUGACUCGGUUACCAGGCAGUCCUUAUCGAGCACUGAGGAUGACAUGGUGCCAGAGCCUCAGCUUGACACCUUUGUCUUCUGCAAGACUAAGAGUGAUGUUGGAGCCUUCCAGCUAGAUGACAUUGGAGAGGAGGUUGUGGACUUGGUGGCAGACGACUUAUAUGUUCUUCGGUACAAGUCCAUCAAGGGCCUUGUCGAGGGUGGCCGGAUCGACCUUAUCUGAUGUGAAUAACAAGUCCAUGCCUGCAAGAGUGUGAGCAUCGGAGAUGUAAAAGCUAAGGCUUAGAGCAUACGAUGAACGCUUUAGCCUAAGAUUCUUCUGAAUUUCUGGAAAGGGGGGAAUCAAGGGAUGAAGGGAACGAGAAUUGCCUAGUCACCAUCUCAAAGAUAACCUGAACUGAUAAAUACCGUCAAUGUGGCAUGGGCAUGUGGCCAAAGGUCCAUCUUUUUCUUUACUGCAUUUACUAAUGAAACCAGGAUCAUGUAGUCCCCCCAUUUAACGUUGUCUGGAUGGCUCCACAUGUACUCCAUGUUUGUUGAUGCUGAAGAAAUUUGUUCUGUUCA